CUUCCUUUUCCGUGUGUUUUCAUUUAUCUCUGAUGUUUCGCGAGUGCUAAUCCUUCCUCAUGUCCGUUAUUUCUAUCAGCCUUUCAACUUUUUCUUUGCUUUAGAAACUUCACAGGCAGAAUUAUUAGACUGUAAGAUUGAUUUUGUUUCCGUCGGAUACCUGUUUGUGUCCGGGGUCAAGUCUAGUUCUGCUUUCUAUUCGCCUUUUCCCUACAGUCUUAUUCUGGUCUUUCCAUUGCUUUCCUAAAUUUCAAUCCCCUACAUCUUCCAAAAGGCCGAGUUCGUCACAUAGCCGAAUAUAUCUCCAUCCUACUCAACAACACCAAAAUCCCAAUCCCCAAGGGUUUGUCACAUCUUCACCCUUGAGCCAACUAACCUCAAACUCCCAGACCCCAACCCAACCUUAUCCCUCAAAACUCCAUCCAACAUGGCGCCCGCCCCCCUCACGACCCCUCUAACCACCCUCCUGGGAAUCAAGCACCCCAUCAUGCUCGCCGGCAUGGACCAAGUCGCGGGCCCGCAACUCACCGCCGCCGUCUGCAACGCCGGGGGCUUCGGGACGCUAGGGGGAGCGCGGUACACUCCCCAAAUGCUGCGGGAGAUGAUUGCCGAGCUGAAGGAGGCGUUGGUGGACAAGAAUGCGCCGUUUGGGGUGGACUUGCUGUUACCGCAGGUUGGGGGUAGUGCGCGGAAGACGAAUUAUGAUUAUACCAAGGGCCACCUCGGCGAGCUCCUGGACAUCGUCAUCGAGAGCGGUGCGAAGCUCUUCGUUUCCGCGGUGGGCGUUGCUCCCAAGUGGGCGAUUGAGAAGCUGCAUAAAGCUGGUGUUCUUUACAUCAACAUGAUCGGCCACCCCAAACACGCGCACAAAGCCUGCCAGGCCGGCGCCGACCUCAUCUGCGCCCAAGGCGGCGAAGCCGGCGGCCAUACAGGCUCCAUCCCGACCUCCAUCCUGAUCCCCGCCUGCGCCGACAUCGUCCGGCAAUACACGUCCCCCUUGACCGGCAAACCCGUCACGCUCGUCGCAGCCGGCGGCGUCAACGACGGGCGCAGUCUCGCGUCGGCGCUUAUGCUGGGAGCAGCAGGCGUAUGGGUAGGAACGAGAUUCAUCCCAUGUGUGGAAAGUAAGGCGCCCGAGGGGAUGAAGCGGGAUGUCAUUUCCGCGGGUUACGAUAGCUGGAUCGUUUCGACGAUUUGGUCCGGGCGGCCGUUGAGGGCGUUGCGGAAUCCGUAUAUUGAGGACUGGGAGAAGAAUCGCCAACAGGAAAUUAAGGAGUUGACGAGUGAGGGGAAGGUGCCGCUCGAGUGGGAGUUGGAUCGUUUGCAUAGGGAGGGCAGGUUGACGGAGGAGAUUAUGGAUCAGGCGGCGCUGAGGCCUAUUGGUAUCGUCGCAGGCUCCGUCAACACACCCAACCAGACCGCCGCCGAAAUCGUCAAGGAAAUGGUGCACGAGGCGGUGGUGGCGCUGAACUCGGCGCAGGGGUUCGUGAAUGCGGCUGCGAAGUUGUAGAGCGGUGAGCAGAGCGUAUUCUUAGAAAUAUAUUAUAAUUGGGUGGAUGUAUAGGGAUGAUAUUUUGAGUUAAUAAAUAGGAUAGAGAAGCGGGAUCAAUCGAUGGUUGGG